AUGUGUAUUAGAAACUUCUGCAAUUCUCUGCACACAUUUUCAGUCGCUGCCCGUGUCCACAGUCCGGAGGACAGCCCGACGCCGAAACCGGACUUCUUUAUUGAACUCUGUGAGCUGGUGAACCGAAAAGUGCCACCGCAUGCCACUUUCGUCAGCGAUAAAAUCGGCCGUGAGAAGAUGUACUGGCGUGAACUCUACCGUUGGGUGGAGUUGGAGGAGAUGUAUGACCACGUGAUUGGCGAAUUCAGUCCAGCUGAGAUUACCCGACUGGACUAUCGGGCCAUCUGCAAGUUUCAGACUCAGCUUAGACAAAGUAAGCUGGCAAGGCCUGCGUCUAAGGCCCUUUACAAUUUAAAUAUCUGAAGUUAUCAGUCCGGAUUUCAGUAACAUAAUGGACUUACAGUGCGGUAGAGCAGUUGCAUUUACCGUCUGUUAAUUUUCGCCAUGUCAAUGAAUUUCAAAAGUAGAGGCAACUUUUACAUCACCGCUGUCGAUUGCUCUACUUAUCCUCACAAAACACCAUAUGGAAAACCAACUAGGGCAUCAACUAUAUUUAACAAAAACAGGCUCCCUAAUUAGUUUUGGCCUUGAAGUAGUCUGACAAAAACCUUGUUCCUAUAAGAGCAAGGACAUACACAAUUCUGAGAUAACCUUUAUCUUUGAAACAAACUACAGAAAAGUCCUGGAGAAGAUUCUCUAAAACUCACGUACAACGUGCACCCAUACAUUUUUCAUCAAUUAUGAAGUUUUAUCACUCCUCCUGAAAAUCAUUCCUGUUCCUGAUUUUUUUGGUCUUCUGAGUGCUUUUGCUCCGUUGUUUUUCAUGUCUUGAUUACCCUUCGUGUUACGAGAGAUGACGACUCUUCGCAAAAAUGAGGUGUUUUAUUUUUGCGCAGCUGAUUUUCUCACGAACUGUCGAAGGCUGUCAGAGCACGCCUUGCUCAUUUUUGCUUCUUUUAGGCUGCAGUUUUACUGUACUCGCCAGUUUAUGCUGUGAAUCGGCAGGUAGUCGCUGUUUUACCAAGGUGAAUCAUGAUAAGUGCGUAUAGUAUAAUCUUAGAUGGUCAUAAAUACUGCACACACACACACGGGCAUGCCAAAAUACUACCCUACAGAUCUGAGUGUCCAGUUCCCCUCGCCGAUGGUCAUUCUCUUCGACUGAGGAAGGGAUGAACGAUCCACUAUGUAAAAAUGGCAAAUGUUUACAGUGUAGCAUAACGUUAGUCCCCUUCAUAGACGCCGCAAGUCACCCACGCAGUGCCUCAACAGCCAUCUCUGACAGAGUGAAGAAGAAAAGCAUGGUCGUGUCAAACGCGACCAUCAUUUUAUCGGAUUUAUUUUUUGUCCCGGGAGGCCGAAGUGAAUGUCCUUCAGGGGACCUUUUUGAGGAAACUAAAAUCAGCAACCUAACUGAACGCUAAGUUACAGACAAGGUCUUCCCUCUCGGUCUGAGUUUGAAGUCUGUUUACAAAUCUGAUGAAGUCCGUAGUGCCCUUGAUAGUUUCAGCUGACGUUGAAACUUGGAUUUGUAGACCUAGAUUAAUUCUAUACAUAGAAUAUACCUAGCUUAAUUUAGGUCACCCAUGUGAAUUAUAUUCAGGAGAACGUACUACCUCGCCAAUGCUCACCUGCACCAGAUUUUUGUGGUAGACUGAGUCCUUAGAUCUUGAAUAUAACGGAGAGUUUAGUCUAUAUUUAUUUCAUGUUUAAUAAUUCCUCCUGACUUUAAAGAAAACCGGGGCGUAUAUUAAUCCUCUGGAUUUUAAACGCGUUAAAAACUCAUCAAUUAUGCCUGCUUAGUAAGGGCUGUGUUGUAUAACAUGAAUAUGGUAGUAGUGAUCUUUUUAAGUGAAAAUCCGGAAGGUCUGAAAGAGUUCGCGCAUUUAUUAGAAAUGUUAACUAAAACGACACUCCCUUCAGCACAAAGCUUGAAGAACGGGUAUUUUCCUACACAACGGAAACUUUGUAACAUUGUUACGAUAAAUAGAACAAUAUAGAAGAUGUAAAAAUAAACGAAAACAUUUUUCCCUUCCCGCUCCAAAUUUGUUUUGAUACAUAUUACACAGUGGGUUUUUCCAAAUGUGAUUCACACAGACGAUCAGCCCGUGCUCAGAAAAAAUCCCCAUCAGCUGAUGCGAAUUAUUGGCUGAGUUUGUUUCGUGCGAAUUACCGUCGUAAUCAUACUUCGAUUAUAAAUCGAUACAAACCAGCAUAUUUCGAGUGACAGGCAGUUGCCUACACUAAUCCCACCGAAGGCCUGCAGCAGUUCACUAAAGGAAAAUCCUGCAAUUUAGCAGACAGGCAGGUGGGGAACGUCGAGAAGGCACAGAAUUCUGAAUACUACUACUACCACAAAAGGCGUAGCGUCUUUAUAUCACAUGAUUGCAAUAUGGCCUGGAAGGAUGCUCAAGGCUAGCCGCGUCUGACUUAGAUUCCCCGCCAAAGUGCAUACCACUUUGUUGUCAGCAUUUGUGGUUGAGAGCAACGCUGUCGCAGCCCCAAACACAGAGGUGGGAAGGGCGUAUCGCUCUUACUGCAAUAGGAACACUGGUCUGUUCGACUCAACUACCCCGCUAACUUCCGUUCAUUUUCUUGAGGGAUCCAUCCCGCAGACGGACAAUAAUUAUUUUCUGAUUAACCUGACAGACCAAGGUGUUCAAAUCCAGGAUGGUUGACAGAUAGUCCCCCUUUUCCAGCUUUUAGCCUGGAGGAGGCAUAGUUUAAGUAAACGAACGCCACAGAGAAUGUCUCCUAGCUGUAGGUGAGGGGGAAACUGACUCUUGCGUCAGACCGAGUUUCCGCCACUACACAAUUCGAGUUAAAGAACGAGAUUACUGGAUUUGUGCUUGGGCAUAGUGGCUGACUGGGAAUUAAUGUCUACGCCAUAAGUGCACACACCGAUUUUCUAGAUGGAAGGACACAUUUUCAAAAAACUAAAUAUAAUAUUCUUAACGGCUGGCAUUAAGAUCUCCUUAUAAUGAUAAACCACAAUCUGACUGAUAACAUUGCUGUAUCUCUAUAGUUGGGCAGUUAUUUAUAACCACUUCACGCAUGCGUCAAUCAAUUGAUCAGAAACUUGGUCGUCCUGUGGUCCUUGGCUGGCAACACAAUGUUGACCCACACCCAGGACGUUUGUUUGUUCGAUCCAUCUUUUCAACCAAAUUUCGUUCCUGCUGUUGGAGAACCAGUCUUGCAGUCAAGCAAUAGUUAUUUUGUGAUUAACGUCACAGCCCAGCGUAUUUUAAUCCAUAGAGGUUAAGAUGAGUGAUUCCGCUUAUAGCUGAGAGAAAAUUCACUUGACGCAGACGGAGGUCCCGAAAAUAUUUUCUAAUUAAAGACGCAUUUAAACAUGUCGGUGAAAAUCUCAUGAGCUCUAGCAGAUAUUUUACUUAAGAUAAUCCUCCACUUGAGGUUAAAUUAGGCGGCAUGCUGUGAAGAUUAAUCUUUUUUAUUUAUUGACAAACCUGCAAUGACGGAACAAGCAAACAUAGCUGCCCGUGAGUGCAAUACUGAUAUGUGCUGAGGUGAAUUCAUUUUUUGUUACCGCGCCGGUCUAGUUUUAACAACAAGGUUAAGUCUAGACUACUAGAGUCGUGCUUGAGAGCAGUGGCUUGCUGGUCAUUCGCGCCUAACCCAUGCGUGUGCAAACCGCCUACCGGUUCCAUAAAUGACAGGAUAAAAAUGUACAGUCUUGGGUAUAAUACCCUAAACAGCUGUCAUCUAAGCCCUUCGAAAUAAUACACCGUGGCCUGACUGCCAGUGUUAAGGGCCGGUUGGUCUCUCUUGUUGGCUGACCUCAAAAUCGAGACUUUUUAGGCAUCAUGUGGAUGUAUCGGUGCGGUAGGCCGAUCUUAUAGGGCGGAAAUAGCGCGUCAAAUCGGAUUCGCCCUUCCUUUCAGCUCCUAUCAUGACUGGGAGAAGACUAGGUCAAGUCGGCCAAAAGGUUACCUAGUCAUUUGUACCCACUUUACGUCCGUGUCAGUCUCUCAGUUGAUAAUGACUGGGCUGCACUUUGAUUCUUGUUUGGUAACAGAAUGUUGACCCACACUCAGGAGGCUAGUUUGUUUGAUUCAUUUCCUCCGCUAAGUUACGCUCAGGUUUCCGGAUAAUCAAUUCUGCAUCUCGACAACAAUUAUUUUGUGAUUAACGCUACAGUCUAGGAGAUUAGCGUGCGUCGUCCUUAUUCCACUUAUAACUGGUAGGAAACCCAUUUGACACAGAAAAACGCCACGGUAAACAUCAACUAAUUAAACGCGCAAUUAAAUGUUUUUAUGAAAAGCUCAUGGGCUCGGGCAGAAACUGUGCGUAGGCUAAUGUUCGCCUGACGCCAGAAAAAAUUGUUUUUUUUUCAAAUGGGUCAAGUCUUCUUUAGCUUAAAAAGUUGAAUAUUUGCUUCACACGACGUUAAGCUGGGUGGCAUGCUGUGAUGAUUAAUCACCUUGUUUUGUCAUGAUCGAUAGGACUCAUAAACAUCCGGGAUAGCAGUGAUGGUUUGUGCGUCAACAAACUCGGCUUAUGCUACUUCAUCGGUCUAGGUUCGAGAACAAGACUAUAUGUAGACUGCUAGAGCUGUAUGCUUGAGAGCGGUGGCCGGUUCGUUAUUCGCGCCAAACCCAUGCGUGUGCAGACCACCUUCCGGUUCCAUAAAUGAUAGGAUAAAAAUGUACAGACUUGUAUAUAAUAUCGGUAACAGCGGCCAUUAAAGCCACCUUGAAAGGAUACACCAGAACCUGACUGCUAGUGUUGAGGACCAGUUUGUCCGACUUGGUGACUGACCUCAAAAUCGGGACUUUUUAAACAUCCUGUAAAUUUAUCGGUGCGGUAAGUUGGUUUCAUAAUGCGGAAAUCGCACGCCAAAUCGGAUUCGCCCUCCACUCCAGCUCCCAUCAUGAUUCGAAGGAGACUUGGUCAGGCCGGCUGGAAGGUUGGCUAGUUACUUGUGGCCGCUUCUCAUAAAUGCCAGCCUCUCAGCUGAUAAGAACUUGGCUGCACUUCUGUCCCCGUUCAGUGCCAGAACGCUGGCCCCACCUUCACUCCAAUGCGGCCUCUGUGGCAUAUCUACUGACUGCAUUUGAAGCACUCUCUACUCAGAGGAAUAAGAGGAUGCAAUCACUGAAACAGGGAGUUUAUUAGCCUGACGUUUCGGAUUCUCACUCGAACCCAUCAUCAGAGACGGCUGCAGAUAAAGGUAGUGGAGGCAAAAAGACUGCAGUAGUUAUGGUACGUAGCUGUCGUGAGGCCACAUGCGUAUUAGAAUUAACAACUCUCGUGAUCACCGCUGGGGGUCGUAAUUAAGGCGAUGAUGGCUCGUCAGUCCGCCUCCGAGUCGUUGAUUGCCGCAAUUUCAUCAUCCGUGUUGGAUGUUGACGUGAUGAUUAUUCAAAAAUUUUGCUCGCUGUCGCGUGUCUUAGUGGCGACACGAUUACUUAUCUGCAAUAUCUGUUUAGUUUGCUUUGACAUAGCAGAAUUAACACCGGUCAAACUGGACCCAAUUCCGCUGCGAGAAUUUCACUGUGAAAGUGAAAAACCCUGGAUGGGAAAGUUUUAGAGGUUGAAAUGUACGGCAAAAAAUUUUGCAAUUCCAAAUGCCAGCCGAAGAAAGUGAAUCCACAUUCCUAUUUAGAUUUUUGUAAGGUCAAAUUAUACUCAUUCAACCGGCAUCCCCUGACUGGUAUGUCAGCUUAGUAGAGCGUACUGUGAAAGUGCCUCUUAUUGCACCUUCUGUAACCCGUGUUGCGUUAGAGCCGAAGAAAAUUUUCUUCUGAAACAUUAUCUGCGGCAUGUGACCUCAGUCAAGUGAUCCUGUGAAAACCGAAUCAGCGCAGUUCGACAAAACGCUUCUGAAGUCAGUUUCCAGCCGGUGUGCCGUUUUUUCGAUACCUUCUAUUCUUGGACGGACAGUGGGUGGGCUAACUCUUUAAGUGUCAACCCAAAUUCCGGAACGCGUUUCUGUUUCGAAAAGAUUAAUUAAGUAGGAUUGCGCAACUAGUCAGACUGCAACAUAAUUCUAUAAUAAUUCAGUUGCCUCAGGAUGCCGGCUUUCGAAAGAACUUCCUUUCGGCUGCAUGCAAAAACUAUACUCUGUAAAAAAUGACUACUUAAGUAGCAUGCAUUUUUCUCAUUGACUUUCGGUGCCCCUAAAAGCCCAAUCAUAUUUCACGGAAAAAUGUAUACAAAUAGUCAUUCUCCCAAACAUUCGGUAGAAAUUUACGUCUCCUUCCAAUUUUACACUCGACGGAAGGGUAUUAUUCGGUUUUCAAAAACUUUUCGAAUUCCUGAGUAAUUUUGGACACACUCUGCCGUCACACUUGCAUUCAGGGUUUCUAUACUACAAGCCAUGUAUUUUCCGAGUACGGAAAACCACACAUUUCUCUACGGUAUUUAGAGGAGACCAUAUGGAGUUCAUAAAGUCUAGCGUUGGAUCUGAUCCAUAUUGUUAACUUUACAAGCCACAUUGGUAAAUACAGAGACAUGACGUUUUAUGAAGGGCCAUUUCACGGUAUUAUAAAGUCUCACAAUUAGAAACUUUUUAAAACCGAAUUAUACCCUUCCUCUGAGUAUAAAAUUGAAAGACGACGUAAUUUUCUACCGAAUGAGCGGAAGAAUGAAUAGUAUGUGCAUGUUUUCCAUGAAAUAUAAUUGGACAUUUAGGGGCAUCGAAAAUCAAAGAGAAAAAUGUAUGCUGAUUAGGUAGUCAUUUUUUACAAAGUAUGCUUUUUGUAUGCAUCCGGAAGGAAGUUCUUUCGGAAGCUGUAAUCCUGAGGUAACUGAACUAUUAUAGAAUUAUGUUGCAGGCUGCACUGUUUUACAAUCCUACUUAAUUAAUCUUUUCAACACGGAAACGCAUUUCGGGAUUUCGGUUGACAUUUUAUGAGUGAGCCAAACUACUGUAAGUGAGGUUAUUCUCUUCAAGGAUUCUUAAUUUAUUCUUAGUCUUAUCCCUUCAAAACGUUUCUGUUGGGUCUUUCCAGACUUUCUCCUUACGCGGUAUGCCUGCACGGAUUACGAGGAGUUUACAAAACUGCUUGCAGAUGAUGUCGCAAGCUUUAUACAGAAACGCCCCUUCUCUUUUACGCCUGCACUUGCUAAAGUAUUACUGGCCCCAAGAUUUCAUCCACAGGUGGAAAAACGGAGAUUUUCCGUGCAGUUUCAAGGUAUGACACAUGUUAAGAGAGUUGGUCAAUUUAAAUUAAGUAGGCUGCUUUUUGUUUUUAUUACCAGUGAUGCAAACUGACUAUGCAAUUUUAUCCCUUUGCUAGUUGGUCAUCAUAACUACGCAAAUGUAAGUUAACUUCCGCAUGGGAAUUUUGCCUUAUCUGAAUUGAUAAGUUUUAGUAGACUUUGUUUAUAUUUACUUGUGUUGGCUGUAAUCCCUGUCUAAUGGAAAAAUUACUCAAGUAUACCACCGAAACGGAUAUUAGUAAUAGAUCCGGGUAUGAGCUUCGCAGAAUUUCCGCGGCUGCAGGAUAUAAGAAUGUGCAGUUCAUAGUGAGAACGCUUAUUGGGACAAGUUGUGAAAAGUUAGGAAGCAAGAUAAUCCAAACUACCCUUCGUUAGAAGGCAGAAUUUAAGUGCUUUCUUUCUCAAUGCCGUUCCGGAGGUCCACUGGCUGGAUUAUGACGCAAAUGCCUGCUAAUCUGCCAACUUUCAAAACAGAUUUGUUUUGGUCUGCUUGACGUUUCUAAUAGAAUUGACGGGCCAUGGCCCUCAAUGUUGGGAUGGAUAAGUUAAACCGAGUCGCUUGACACGAUUGAAAGUAUUUAUAAUCCUAUUAUAACCUACUUCAUAACCUAAUAGCAUCCCUCCGGCAAAACAAACCCACCGACGGUAAAGUGCGUUUUGACAGAAAACGAACCCGAGUGUCAGUAAACUCAUCGCAAUUAACAGGACAACGAAUCCGGGGCCCAAUUGCAGGCGGCUGACGAUAAAAAAUUCAACUACCAAGGUAUCUCCGGCGCUGGGAGAGUGGCGUCUCAAGUGUAAGUCAAGGAAAUGCCUCACGGCGUCUUAAGUCGGCGUACGUCUGACUCGGCCUUGAAUCUGAUUGGUUAGUUGGAAAACCGAAGGGGCGAACGCCGGAGGUUGGCUCCUCGGCCUGCUCAGUAGCGUCCAGGUCUGGGUUCUGGCACAAUGAUUUUUAUAACAAGGAGAAGCGCGUUGAAUAAAUCGAUUAUAUUGCUGGACGUGAUUAUCCUGUUGUGCCUUGCAGCUGAAUCUGGAGUCCAGGCUAUCCGAACUUGGGCUUGGGUAUGACAGGCUGACGACGGCAAAUACGUCAGAAGCGACCCUCAUGACCCCUCCUGCCUCUGUCGAUACUUCCUCCCCUAUCAGUUCCUGUUGCCGUGGGGUAGCCUAUGGGAGAUUCUAAACUGGGCCCCGAGGCUAAAUAGGGGGAAGGGUAUGCCAGAACCUGAUAGAUGAACGCUCUUGAAGAAGGAGACAUGAUCGCUGGGACAAGAGCUUUAUUAGCCUGACGUUUCGGAUUUCUGCUCGAACCCCUUAUCAGAGACAAAAGCAGAUAUGGGUGGUUCAUGCACAAGGGGCUGCAGUAUUUAUAGGAUGCAGUCGUCAUGCUACCACAUACCUAUGAACAUUCACGGCUCCCCCCUCCAUCGGGGAUCGUCGUGAAUGUUCAUAGGUAUGUGGUAGCAUGGCGACUGCAUCCUAUAAAUACUGUAGCCCCUUGUGCAUGAACCACCCGUAUCUGUUUUUGUCUCUGAUUAUGGGUUCGAGGAGGAAUCCGAAACGUCAGGCUAAUAAAGCUCUUGUCCCAGCGAUCGUGUCUCCUUCUUCAAGAGUACUUCCUGGGACUCGUCUCUUUGCUUCUAUUGAACGCUCUCUCUCAACGAUAUACAAAUGCAGGACAGUUGCAAAAUAAAAAAAAUAUCGCAUUUUCCUCUGACGUGUUCAGAAUAACGAGGCCUAUGAUUAUUUUAACAAAAAUGUACCUGCCACAUAUUCGGCUACAUUUUAAAAUGCGCAUGCGUUGAUCACGUUUAUUUAGGCCUUUUUGGGAAAUAGCGCGUCAUUUAAGACGCCCUGGGGUUAUUUCAAACUAUGCCAUUAGGGUAUGCAGAAAGAUUACCAAAACGUGCUGUAGAUAGAUGAGAUGGUAGCGGUUGACGUCAAGUUCAUUACUACAGAAUAAAACGUAGGGAAGAAUGUGUUUGAAAUUGACCAGAACGCCUAGAAGUUUUGGAAUAGCGUAUUCAGAAGAAGGUUGAAUACGAGGGAUACGCUCGCAUUUUCAGUCUAAUGUUUUAUCAAGCCAGCUCUAUAAUAAGAAAUGAAAGUAAGACGAUAGCAUAUUGUUAGAUUGAAGACUGCUGGAUAAGACCAAGACGUCUUGCAGGAAAUAAUCAGGUGGCUAUCUGCUGUUAGGUGAGAUUUCAGUGGGAGGAGGUAUGGGGACCUAACAGGAACGAUUGACUCCAAGGCAAACGAAUAAAAAAUUGCUGAGCUAACGCAUUAGAAGACUGGUUCGGGCUAAGGCCUCUUAACUCCGAAUUUUCAUCACUUUACUGAAGAAUCCACCAGUUCCUCGACACGCAUUUCAGUAAGCGGUUGUCGACCUUCCGUUUGAAAGCCGCAAACUAAGUCUCAGGUGAAUAUUAACGCAUUCUUGUUUUUUUUUCAACAACUUUACGACCGUUGAAUGCUCGCGCCUGGAGGUACAAAUAUAAGACAGAAGUCCCGUUUUUCAUUUUGCAAUACGAUUAUCGCAUUGACUGUCCCACCCAGGGUCACCAGCCAUAUUCCCGACCACAGCUGUGCAAAAAUGAACCGGUGAUUCGGCACUUCAGCUCACACAGGAGAUGAAAUAGUCCUGGGCCAGUCCACAGCUUUGUCCGUAGCUGCCUUGCGUUCAUAUAUGUUUUGGCAGAUUUCGAAUAAUUCAUACUGAUCCAACUGUGAAAAACUCGGCGCCUCGGUGGGAUCCGAACCCACGCAGUAAGGAGAAGGCUUUAGUACAGCCAACGCUCUAACCACUUGCGCUACGAGGCCCCAGGCGGAUUCUAGUUGAAGUACUUAGGAAGUCCUGUCCGAGAACUCAACUUACUGUAUCAUAGUUGGUGGAUUCCAGACGUUGCGGUAGACUGGGCGGGUAACUUGACCCAAAUGUGAUUAUACUCGCGUCGUCCGGCGGGGUCUCGUAGCUCAAGUGGUUAGAGCGUUGGCUGCACUAAAGCCUUCCUCUUACUGCGUGGGUUCGAAUCCCACCGAGGCGCCGAGUUUUUCACAGUUGGAUCAAUAUGAACUACUCAACCCCAAUUAACUUGUUUAUACCAACGUGCUUAAAAGGUAUCCGCAAAAUGUCGAACUAAGGAGCCUACUUAUGGAUAAAUCAGAAUGGAAUUGCCGGCAAAGACAGGGGAGACUGGAAUGGCCAUUUCUGGCUUAUUCGCAGUCGUCAGCCAGUCAUACCCAGUCCAGAAGUGUGGAACACCUGGGGCUCGAACUCGCGACCUGUUAGUUGGAAGUCCAACACUGCAGUGUGUGGCUACUGGUUGGGCUCGAGAGAAAGCCCGUAAGGCACAGCGGGACGAGUGAGUUCCGUAAAAGCUAUCGGUGAGCGCCCCUCUACCAAAAAUUAUAAGCCUUUCAUGUAGAUUUCAUCUUCGAGACUUGCGUUCGUCAGUGGUUCCCUCGGAAAUGCAUUUGUCUCAAGUAUUACCUUUCAGGUUUCGGGUAGCUCAAGUAUAAAACAGUAAAUAGGUCGUUUUUCGAAAUAAUAUUCAGUAAAGCAUGUGAGAACCAUGCCUCUCCCCCCGCCAGACCGCAUCAUAUCUGCGGCUCAUGGAGGUUCUUUUUCGUGUGCUUAGCGGAGGCCCAUCAACGAACACAUAGCGGCCUGCUGCGCGGAGGACACAAAGUCCUGCUGCAUAAUGACUGGUGUGCUGCCGCUUCUGCCCUACGACAUUUUAAUUCUUGCCCAACUGGAGAACAAGAUGGAUCCCGUUGGCGUUGUAGAGGUGCCCUACCCCCUACGGCUUGUCAUCCUGGCUUUGACUCCGAGGAAGUCGAACUACCUCCGGAUGCUCGAGGUCGCACACACCUUUGGCAUCUUCUUGAAUGAUAAGGUUUGUAGAAUUUGCUUUAUGUUCUUUUCUCACACUGAGGCGCUUUUAGUAUAAUCAGUUUAGGGGGAGGGGGUAGAGGCUUUCAGGAACCGAAUUACAUUUAUUUUCUAGAGUUACACGAGCUUUUGCGGUGAACAGUUGGCCUCAUUCCAUCAACCGUCCCAAUGCAGAUUUCCGCCCUCUCACAAGAUUAGAUUAUGCCGUAUCACUAACACUCUCAAAAAAACAAUUUCGCAUUUUCGGACCCCUACCGUCUGUUCGAUUACUCAUGCUGAAUUUAAGUAGUGUCUGGACUUGGAGGCGGGGGUCCUGUACACAAAUGUCAAUUAUUGAAGCUACAAUGGGCUCUCAUGACUUAGGACUCUAAGAAAGGUUAGCGUAUUCUUCAUAAGUAGCUGCCACAAAGGUUUCCAGUCUCCCAUCGGCAUCAUAAUCUUGAGCUUGUGUUUCUACUGAUCGGAGGAAAUAUGAAUCCCCGGAUGGAGACAUGAGACACACUAAAACUGGACUCUUGACGCGAUCAUCGAUCGGUCCAAUUAGACAAUGCCAGUAUAACCAACCAUAAACAUCAUGUGCGGACCCAGUUAUCGGCUAUACGGGUUUAUCACAGAAGCCGAUACCGAUAUUGAGGUCCUGGCUACCACGACCUUCAGGCCCGGUCCUGAAUGUAAAGAAAAGGCGGACGCCAGUCGGGAGGAUUGCAUAUUCCGUACAGAACAACUGAAGAAAGGAUUUGGGGGAGUUGGCGCCCUGAGUUUGAGUCAGGGAAUUCCUCGAGGCGGCUUAAGCCCGCACAUGUCCGACCCGACCUUGAAUCUGAUUGGACAGUUGGAAAGGCGAGUGGGCUGACGCCGGUGAUUGGCCAGGAAGCAAAUGAGAAAAUUCUACAACUUGAGGACGAUUCACUGGGAGGUGGACUACAAAAUAGGAUGUUAAUUUUCUUUCUUUCAGCAAUCUUCGAACGCCCCUGGCAGACCAAACUGCCAAGGUUUCUCACAAGAUAUGAAUCUGCUCCAGUGGUCUUAUCGACCUUCUCAUGUCCCAACAUAUCCCUCAAAUAUUUUUUUAGGCAGUUUAUACGCUACUAUGCUGUGUGCUUUAAACCUCCGAUUGUGGAUCCAUGCUUCGGGCGCAAAGUUAGUGGGUCAGAAGUGUAAAUUUGAGUUGAGGGGAUGGGUAACUGAAACAGAUUCAUUGUGUUGGUGACAUUUCGGCGAGCUUUGUCGCCUCUCCAUUGUCAGGGCAUUGAAUCCGAGGAGAUCUAAAUGAAUUUCCGACCUGUUGAAUGCCACUUAUUACAGUAAGUCACUUAAAUUGGCAGGCUUAUAUUUUGUAAAGGUAGCGCCAACCAAGCUAUACAAAACGACAAUAGUACGAUUAGUCCCUUUCAGCGAUCCACGCAUGCUCUUAUACUCUGUCAGGUAUCCGCUAAAUGCCGAUGGAUGUUCAGUUUAUAUCCCAGCAUUGGAUAAAGACUGCCGAACAAUUCUGAAAUUCGGACAACCACCUACACAUUCCCCGGUAUUGGGGAAAUCAGAAUCUUCAAAUAGCAAAUAGGCAGAUUGCCUCAUCGAAACACUUUAAACCACACACUUAAUACAAUUAAUCAGCAAUUGCACUGGAAACUGGUUCGCGAUUGAUCGUUUUCCGUAGUCAGUCCUUUGUCUAUUAUAGUGUCAGAACUAGUUAGCAUAAAGGGUAACAUUCUUUUUUAAGCUGAUGCAUGAUGACUGGGUAAGUAACUACAUAUACAGUAGGUGUGUUAACUCAUAAAAUGCUAACCGAAAUUCUGAAAUGUGUUUUUCGCUUCGAAAAGAUCACUCGAGUAGGGUUUUAAAAUUAAUCAUCACGCGGCGUGAUUCUAUAAUAAUUCAGCUACCUCUGGUUGCUGACUUUCGAACGAUCAUCUUUCCGGCCGCAUGCAAAAACCACAGUCUGUAAAAAUGACCACUUAGUUAGCAUGUCAUUUUUCUCAUUGAUUUUCGAUGCCCUUAAACAUUCAAUUACAUUCCGUGGGAAACAUGCAGAACAAUAUGCAUUUUUUACGCAUUCGAUUGAAAAUUACGUCUUGUUUCAAUUUUAUUCUCGAAGGAAGGGUAUCAUUCGGUUCUCAAAGACUUUUACGAUUUCCGAAUAAUUUUGAACCCAACUUGCCGUUACACUUGCAGUCAGGGUUAAAAAACUAUAAACCAUACAAUUUCUGCGUAUGGAAAGCCAUACAUUUCUCUUAGGUAUUAAGAGGACAUCAUAUAAAGUUCAUAAAAUUUAGCAAUGAAUUUGAACCAUAUUGUCAGCUUCACAAGCCACACUGGCUAUUGCAAAAACGGCGUUUUAUGAACGACCAUUUCAUGGUGUUAAAAAACUUCACAAUUAGAAACUUUUUUAAAGCCGAAUUAUACCCUUCCUUCGAGUAUAGAAUUGAAACAAGACGUAAUUUUCUAUCGAAUGUGUAAAAGAAUGAAUAUUUUUAUGCAUGUUUUCUAUGGAAUAUAAUUUAAUUUUUAAGAGUCCCGAACACCAGUGAGAAAAAUGCAUGCUACUUAAGCAGCCAUUUUUGUAGAGUAUGGUUUUUGCAUGCGGCCGGAAAGAUGUUCGUUUGAAAGCCGGCAUUCCGAGGUAAUUGGCUUAUUAUAUAUUUAUGUUGCGUGAAUAUUAGUUUUGACUUCCUAGUUAGGUGAUAUUUUCGAAACGAAAGCACAUUUCAGAAUUUCGGUUAACAUUUCAUGAGUUAGCACACCUUCGGUAUUUUCAAAUUUUCAUCAUUUGUUUCGAACUGUAUGUUAAAGCGCUUUUAAAAAACGUUAGGAGAGGGGAAUAGGAGCCUCCAGCAGCACAGGCGGCUCUAGGCGAAAAGAGUUUAGGUUACGAUCAGAACACGGGAGUAGAUGCCUCACGCUAAUAUACUUUUUGCAGAGUAGCCAUUAUCUCCUCGCCUUCUAACCACUGGCGUGCUUUUGUUACUGCGAGAGAAAACCACGCUUGCACCGGUUUGUUCGAUGGUCAAAUCUACAGAUUAAGGAACACAAACAGAAUUGAGUCGUCUCCAAAGGCAGUAUGCUGCAAUCUGUUUCAAAAACAUUGAGCUGGAGAGGCGUCAUUUACCUUUGAAGUACUAUGGGGAUCUCAGGCUUCCUUGUCUUUUAUCUUGACGCUCCUGUGAAAAACUCGGCGACGUUAGAGAGGUCCUCAUCGAUCGCGUUACGGAAUUUACUCAUCCCGUUGCGCCUUGUGGCACUCUCUCCCAAGUCCCGUCAGCAUUCGCAUAGCGGCGCCUAAUUUAAGCAGGAUAGGAUUGCCGACAAUGACAAGGGAGACUGGAAAGCUCACUUCUGGAUUAUUAACCGUCGUCAGCUAGCCAUACCAAAUCUCGGGGCAUAAAUCCCUGGCGCUCGGCCCAAAGACAUGACAACGGACCCUUUGCUUAAUGGUGGAGACUUAGAUCCCCCAACUCACAUUGUUCAAAGAGUCCGGGUUCGAUUCAUGAGUCAUUCAGAACUGCAGUUGAGUAUAACCACCUAACGAUGCCUAGUAAGCCAGAAGAACGUCAUUCCUGUCUCCGUUGUCCGUGUCAAGAUGAUGUCUAGUUACGUCAAGUAACUUUGCCGAACAGAACCGAGAUUCGGCGUCGUGUAAAAACACGGGUCUUGAUUUCUAGGGUUUCCUUUUAAAAAGUCCACCUUGUUUCUUCUAAAGGACUUCCAGUUGACUUGCGAAGCCGCAACUUCUUCGGAUGAUCUCUUGAAUGCAAUUGAUGUGUACCUCUCAAAGACAGUCGUAAUGCCAAGACAAAGAAGAACGGUCGUCCCUUUUCCUACUGUCGUGCCGCAUAAGGAAAUUGCCAUUAUCCUCAGUGAAGCGAGUAAGUACAAAAAUUGGACAAUUUUGUUCCAGAGUAAAGUUCAUUUACAACAGUCUGUUUUCUACACCGGCGAUCGACUGAGGACAAAAGGAAAUAGGAGUGGUGUCUGGUUUUGAGCCUGAUUUUUUGUGCAGGAAGAACUAUUUGGGAAGUAUAUAGGACUUAAAAUGUAUGAUAUCUUUUUAAUGGCAUAGAAAAAUAUUUGACUUUCUUAACGAGGAGCGCAUGUACCUUGUAGGCUGAAAUCACUAAGCGCUAAUGCAACGAAUAAUCAGGCUCCAAAUUAUUCGGUAACUAGAAAACCUUUUUAAACCCUAAUUAUACUCCCUCCUUGAGUAUGAAAUAUAAAGAAGACGUGAUUCUCUAUCAAACUACUGAAAGAAGGCAUAUUUUUGUCCAUGGUUUCUAUAAGAUAUAUUUGAAUUUGCAAGGCCCUCGAACAUUAAUGAGAAAAAUGCAUGCUACUUAAGUAGUCAUUUUUUUACCGAAUACGGUUUCUACAGGAGAUUGAAUAGCAGUGUAUUCAAAAGCUGACAUCCUGCCGAGUUCGAAAUGUUAUAAGAUUAUGCCGCAGAUAAUCGGUAUUACAACCGCGCCCAAGUAAUCCUUCCGAAUCGGAAACUCAUUUCAGAAUUUCAGCCAACAUUUCGUGAGAUCCGUCACCCACUGUACAUGAGCUGAAAACAGGGACGGAAGUAAAUAGGACGUACUCAUAAACUGUUCUUAGGAAGCGGCCUCGAUUUCAACGCACUACAAUAGGGGGCUGUCGUUAUUGAGACUGAGCCCUUAGCAGACUGGUGGGGAGCGAUAACGCGAUGCUCCGACCGACCUUGGUCAAUAACGCUUUAAGGUGUGCGGUAUAUGCGUGCGACUGCCGAGAGAUAUAGUCUGGAAAUGUGUUGUAGUCAGGCUACGGCGGCCGCCUCAGUCGUAAUGCUUUAGCACAUACCUGCAGAAUGAACAUUUCAGGAGUUACCAAGGCCAACAAAGUCAACUGUGGACAGUGAAGCAUGAAAUCUUACUGUGAAUUACAACAGGCCAGUUGUUCUAAGUGCCUGGGAUUCAGCAGGUCCCAAUUCCUAAACUCCGGGUCUGCAGGUUAACUUCCAUGAAUUGUGAAGACCACAAGCCGUUCUGUUCAGUUUCCCACCUUUUCACUUUAGUCGUCAAAUAUUUGAUAGAAAGGUAUUUACCAAAAUAUUCCUCGAAAUCUAAAAAUGUGGAAUAUGAUGGAACGGAGUCCUGUAUGGAGGUUAUAGUGCUGAUUUACUCUGUGGCAUAAUUCGAAGGUAGGAUGCUCAUGUGGUAAUACUAGCUCUUGGUUGGAUAAACUUUCAUUCUUCCUUUUAAAAAUCACUUAGAUGAACGGCCACUAAUUCACAUGUGUGCAUUUUCACCUGUUACAUUUCUAAAAAGAAAUGCGCAAAAUUAAUUUCCCAUUCCUAUGUUUUGUUUGAGGUAUGAAAGUUUACAUCGGCUGGAGGGGUAUCCUUCGGUAUCGAAAAACACAGGUUGCGUUUAAAAUAAUCUUUGGGAGUACAGAUGACUUAUAAAUCAGAGAUGGCCCAUCUGUUUUUCGGGUCCGGCCUGCGAAAAAGACGCAAACUCCAAGGCAUAAGUCUAUAAAGCAACCCCUAACUCUGCCCGCCUGAGCAACUCGAUAUUCAACUCGCUCAUGCUCGCCUUGUCUAAUGGUUCUAACGGUUCUAGAACAUUCUAGUCUCUGGUGGGCACUGGCUGUUUCUUGCGCGAAAACCCCUCUGAUAAAAGCUCGAAUUAGCGGCCGGCCAUUGGGGGAGCUGUGCACGUGGGUCAAGGCAUCCCAUUGGCUCGAUGAUGCGCCGCACGUUGAUUGGCUAGCUGACAUCACGCGUAAAUUUCGCGGCCUGCCCGGCCUGUUGUGACAUGUGUAGUCGCGUUUUUCUUUCGACUUAAGCUGGGACUCCAUUCCGUUUCCAGUCUCCGUAACUUCGGAGGAAAAGAUGCUAUCCGAAUAAAGAGAUUCACAAAAAACAGUCUGAUUACUUUGGUUCAUUGUAUAUUGAGGGCUGCAGAUAAUCUUAUUUGGUUUGCGAUGAAUCUUCGAUGGACGAGGAGUGACAGGUGUUUGUCCGAUUUACGCUGAAGUUUGUAGGACAGUCAGAAUUUUCACUGUCCCGCUAACUCUCCUCGUUAUUAAGCUGUCCCCUCCCGUAACCAAAAAUUCAUUUUACCUCUACAUUUAUAUUUUGCAGUGUGUCCCCCUUCGGAACCUCGCAGACUGAUAUAUGUUUAAUCCAGAUUUAGAUACAGCCCUGAGGCAAGUUUCGGAGGACUCCACUGAAGUGCCUGAACACGAGGAGCCGGUGAAGACUGAGCACUUCACAGCAAAACGCUGCUUGCACACUGUCUGGCCUCCGAUGCGCGACGUUGUCAAAGGAACCUGUGCGGUGGGCCGUCGUUUUGCCAGUGAUUUUGCGGACGCUUUCACGAAGCCGAACAUCGGACUGGUGUUUGGCAGCAUUUUCCUCGUCUACUUUGUAAUAUUUGGACCGGCGAUAACGUUUGGCACUUUGAUGAGUAGGAGCACUCUAAAGAAUUUCUGA